GGGGAGCGGAGCGAUGGCGGCGGCCUCCGAGACCGAGCGGCUGCUGAGCCGCGGCCCCGGGUACGGCGCGGCCGAGGCGGCGCCGGCGCCGGUACCGGGACGGGAGGAUGAGGAAGAGGAGGAGGAGGAGGAUGAGGAGGAAGAGCUGCGGCGGCGCCUCAAGUAUUUCUUCAUGAGCCCCUGUGACAAGUACCGGGCCCGCGGGCGGCGGCCCGUGAAGCUCGGGCUGCAGCUGGCCAAGAUCGUGCUGGUCACCGUGCAGCUGAUCCUGUUCGGGCUCAGCAACCAGCUGGUGGUGGCCUUCAAGGAGGACAACACGGUGGCCUUCAAGCACCUGUUCCUCAAGGGCUACGAGGACGGCGCCGAUGACACCGCGGCCAUCUACACCCGCGGGGACCUCCUGGAGCACCUGGCCUUCGUCCUCCAGCAGUACCUGGCUGUCCCCAACGAGACCCUGGGCCGCUACGCCUACGGUGACACCGGCGGUGGCGCCGGGGGUGGCCCCGGGCUCCGGCUGUGCCAGCGCUUCUUCCGCAGGGGGGACAUCGACCCCGAGAACGACACCUUCGACAUCGACCCCAGCGUGGUCACCGAGUGCCUGGGGGUUCACCCCGGAGACCCCCAGCCCCCCGCGCUGGACGGCCCCGGCAGCAACUUCACCCUCCAGUUCCACAGGCUGAUCAACGUCACCGUGGAGUUCCAGCUCAAGGCCAUCAACAUCCAAACGCUGCUGAACCACGAGAUCCCCGACUGCUACACCUUCAGUGUCACCGUCACCUUCGACAACAGCGCUCACAGCGGGCGAGUGCGGAUCCGCCUGGACACCCACGCGGCCAUCAGGGAGUGCCACCACCCCGCCAUGCCCGGAGGAGGUGCCACCUGGCGCCGCCUGGCGUUCGACGUGCUGGUGGUGGCCGUGUGCUCGCUGUCCCUGGUGCUCUGCGCCCGCUCCAUCGCCCGCGGGCUGCUCCUGCAGAGGGAGUUCAGCCGGUUCCUGCGCUGUCACCGCGGUGUCACCGUGUCCCUCUCGGACCGCCUGGAGUUCCUCAAUGGCUGGUACCUGCUGCUCGUCACCAGCGACGUCCUGACCGUGCUGGGCACCGUGCUCAAGAUCGGCAUCGAGGCCAAGAACUUCUCGGGGUACGACGUGUGCAGCAUCCUGCUGGGGACAUCGACGCUGCUCGUGUGGGUCGGCGUCAUCCGGUACCUGACCUUCUUCCAGAAGUACAACAUCCUGAUCGUGACGCUGCGCGUGGCGCUGCCCAACGUGAUGCGCUUCUGCUGCUGCGUGGCCGUGAUUUAUUUGGGGUAUUGCUUCUGCGGAUGGAUCGUGCUGGGCCCGCACCACGUCAAGUUCCGCUCGCUGUCCAUGGUGUCCGAGUGUCUCUUCUCAUUGGUCAACGGCGAUGACAUGUUCGCCACCUUCGCGGCGCUGCGCCCCAGCGGGGCCCUGGUGUGGCUCUUCAGCCAGGUGUACCUGUACAGCUUCAGCGCGCUCUUCAUCUACAUGGUGCUCAGCCUCUUCAUCGCCCUCAUCACCGGCUCCUACGACACCAUCAAGAACCAGUCCGAGGCCGCGGCGCCGCUGUCGGAGCUCGAGGCCUUCAUCGCGCAGUGCCAGGACAGCCCCGGUUCCGGAAAGUUCCGCCGGGGCGGCUCCGGCUCCGCCCCCUGCCCCGCCCUCUGCUGCUGCUGCCCCCGGGCCUCCGUGCAGGACAACGCUCUCCUGGUGAACUGAGGGGACCCCGAGGGGGACACCCCAAAAACCUCCAGAUUUUUAUUUUAUUUAUUUUAUUUUAUUUUAUUUCCUGCUUUUACCUGCCCGGGACCCCAAAUUUGGAACCCCCAGGAUGGAUUUGGGGUCCCCAAGUCGAUUUUUGGGGACGUUUUGGGACCCCCAGAUCAAUUUUUUUGGGGACGCUUCCUGGUUUUUUUGGGACAUUUUGGGACACCCCCGAGUCUGUUUUUUGGGACCCCCUGUUGAUUUUUUGGGGUAAGUUUGGAACCUUGGCACCCCCAAAUCCGAUUUUGGGGACGCUCCAGGACCUUGUCUCCGUCCUUGGGGUCACUGGGACCCCAAAUUUUCCCUUUUCACCCCAAAACGGGGCCGUGGCCACCCCAAGGGGACAAUAAAGGACGCUUGGGACACGA